AUGGAGCCCCGCCCCAUGACGGUGGAACCGUCAAACAAACGGCCGCGGUCUCCUGGAGGCGACCACCCGCAAUCCCACCAGUCCAAGAUGCCAAAAACACACUCCAAUCACCUUCAGAUCAACUAUCUCGCGCGCCAAUACCCGGAUAAUCUUCCCCUAGUCGCACCGGACGAUACCAUGCCCGCGAUCAUCCACUUGAUAGGCGAAUACGACGGAGUACUUCAUCGCCAUGAAAGUAUCGCCGGAAACCUGGGCGCAUGUCCGCUGGGUCCCAUUCUCAUCAAGCGCUUUGAGCGCUUGUUCGAUGGACCCCCGCGCGUACUCAAGUCGCAUGGCAAGGACGGUCCCACGGUGACUUGGUUGGAUGUGGUCGAGUUUGCCAAGAACAAGCCCGAGCAGUUCAAUUUGGAAAAGUCUCGUAAUGGUGUGCGGGUCUGCCAGUUCUAUACCAAGCAGUGUCGGGUAGAGAUUAGUGAGGAGGACUUUGUGCUGAUUGCGUCAGGCAUGCCGCAGAAGAUGAUCCCUCCACAGCCGAUUAUCGAAGAUGAGGAGAAGGAGUUGGGCGCGCUGGAGAUUUUGGAGAAGAAUCUUCAACAAAUUAUUCAGAUGGCUGAUCAAGUCUCCGCUCGAGCCCGUCAGCUUAGCUACCGUCUGAAGAACCGCCGCACCGCAAUUGUCAGCCGUCGCGAAAACGAUGCCUCUCUCAAUGCGCAAACGCGCGCUGCUGCUGCCGAUGUGUGGCGUGAUAUCAAAGCCCCCGGUCCUGCCAAUGGCCAGUCCAUUGCCUCGCCAUCGGGAUUUGUCGCGGUCAAUGCGAACCGGCCUGAGAACGAGUCAGAAGAGGCUCCGCUCCCGUCGCAGUUCAUGUUCUCCCAUUCCAAUACGGAGAAUAUUACCAUUAUCAAUGGAACUUCUAUCAAAGGGGCCUCGCCCACAACGAGAGCAGACCUAAUGAAGAAGUUCUUUACCACGGCAGACCGCCAAGCUCGUGGCUAUGACGAAGUCACCGGCACAACCAAUCCGAUUCAGCCUCGACCUCGACCUCAAGGCUCGGACCCAGCGGAAUAUAGCAUCUGGAAUAGUAACACGAAUAACAACAACGGCAGCGCCAGCGCUAGCGGCAGUGGUAGCGGCAGUGGUAGCGGAAACACCAACAGUCCCAACAUUACCAACAACAAUUCGACACCAGUGGCUAUCCCUGGAACCCCGUCCUCACUGCUGCCCCCUCCGAAGACCACCCCGCAGGAAAAGGAUGACGGGGGACCAUUCAAGCUGGAGAUGGUCGCACGGAUGGAGGAGCUUCAGCGCGGCGAGCGGGUCAACCCACCCUGCGACCGAUGCCGUCGACUUCACAUGGACUGCCUCAAGAAUCUGACCGCCUGCAUGGGCUGCACUAAGAAGCACGCUAAAUGCUCUUGGCGCGACGUUAAAGAAGACGAGCUUCGAGCCGCAUGGAAUCCAUCCGCACCCCGCGAGCUCCGAGAAAUCCGCAAAUCUCACGAGCGCAUGGAAGAAGACCGCCUCCCACCGUUAAACCUACCCGGCCUCGUGCCCUCUCCGGGCGCCCCAAUCUCCGCUGAACGAGAGCGCUACGGACGCCUAGACCGUCCAGCCCGACCCUCCGAGACCCCCAGCGACCCGCAAUACUCCCAGCAUAAUCGCCGCGAAUCUGCGCCUGGCGCGCCCCACAUUGGCCCCGGCUCCGGCGCGUCUAUGGGCCUCCCUACAUCAGAGAAAUCACCCCGCCGUGCCAUGAGCGAGACGGAGGGUGGUGGUCGUGGACAGCAGCACCAUGGGGCCCCGCCUCGACAUGCGGAGGAUGAUGAUCCCGAUGCGAAUCAGCGGUUGAUGCAGGCUAUUCUGGAUACGGUGGAUCACCACGCGCGAGUGGCGGCUGCUGUGCAGGAGAAGGAACGUGGUGCUGAGCGUGCUGGAGAAAGUCAGGCGAAUGCUCAUAAGGAGCGAGAUGUGGAUCGAGAUAGGGAGCGUGAGCGUGAGCGUGAGCGCGAACGCGAACGCGAACGUGAACGUGAACGUGAACAACGCGAGCGAGAUCGCGACCGGGACCGAGACCAUGAGCGACGCAUGGUGCAGGCUUGA